AUGGGUGGUGCGGUGAGCUCUGGACGUGACAACAAUGAGCUGAUCGACAAUCUAAUGGGCGGGAACUACAUCCGCACGCGACAGGUAGAGCGUGUGUUCCGCGCCCUCGACAGAGCUGAAUACAUGACACCCGACUCCAGAGACCAGGCCUACAAGGAUCUGGCGUGGCGGAACGGGUGUUUGCAUAUGUCUGCACCAUGUAUUUACAGCGAGGUACUCGAGGGGCUAGAAUUGAAGCCGGGGCUCUCAUUCCUAAAUGUUGGUUCCGGCACGGGUUAUCUGAGUACCCUUGUGGGUCUCAUCAUCGGAUCGAGUGGCAUCAACCAUGGCAUAGAAGUUCAUCCAAACGUGCUGGAAUAUUCUGUCAAGAAACUUGGACAGUUCAUUGAAAAUUCACCCGUUUUGGAUGAUUUUGAUUUUUGUGUGCCGAAAUUUUACAGUGGUAAUGGUAUGUGUUUGGCGCCUCUGCAACCUCCCUACGACCGUCUCUACUGUGGGGCAGGAUGUCCUCUGGAAUUCCACAAUUAUUUUAAGCAACUUAUUAAGGUUGGUGGAGUGUUAGUUAUGCCACUCAGUGAUAAUUUGGUGCAAAUUAGACGCACCUCCUUUGACGGAUGGUCAUCGCGCAACUUGCUCAACGUAUCCUUCGCAUCCCUGAGGCUACCCUCUAAAGAGGAGGCUUCAGAUCUACUCAGACUUGAGGAGCAGUGUCCUCCCAGUCUACAAAUCCUCUCACGGGCGGUGGUGCGCGAGUGCAUGCGCGACGCGCACUUGUCCCGCAACCCGCAGCUCCGCGAGCCUCCCCCCAGCUCCCCAAAGGCCGGUAACUCAUGCCCGAGACGGAUCUGCAUCCCCAUCGACGACGAUAGCGAUGUCGAGGGUCUUAAUGCACUUCAUGAUCUCGACAAUGUCAAUGGCGCAAAUGAAAUGAAUGCACUACUUAGCCUCGUGCUCAGUAUGGGACAGAACCGCGUGGCCGGAGCGCUUCGUUUUGAUUCCCUAGACUCACCGUCUUCCUCUUCAUCCGAAGAACAAGACAAUGGAGGUGGCGGUGACAACGACGACAAUGACGAUAAUCCAGACAGACCGAGCAGACCGUCUCCACCCAAUGGAACAGAACGACCCUACAGACCCGAACGACCCCACAGACCCGAACGUCCCCACAGACCCGAACGACCCCACAGACCCGACUGCACAGAAAGAACAGAGAGAUCAGAUCCUAUCGAUAGAUCAGACAGUUACGAACAAACCGACAACAGAAGAUCGUCUUCGGAGCCACCAACAAAUGAUGAGUCGCCUAAUCGGACCCGGUAUGCUGCUAAUAUACAUCUACCUGGAUCGAUUCGUACGCACAGUCUCAUCACCUUUGAGAUCCAAGACAGCUCGGUAAAGAACGCCGGGUCUAGUCGAUGCACCGCCACUAGCUCCUCCAACGAUAGACAAACACCUGAAAAUAAUAGAGAAACUAGAAGAAGGACGAGUAUGAGAGGUGUACCGACCGAGGUCGAAAUUUAUUUAGGUAAGGAAAGACCCGGUACUUCUCGCUCUAACAUGGACUGGGAGGCCAACGCCGAAACGAAAAGGGAGACUUCGAGCGAGGAGGACGCGACCGAGACGAAGAAAGGAAAGAGAAAGAAGUUGGACAGCGGUAUAGGGGAAGGGACGACCACGUCUAGCGGGUCGUCGCCCGACAAGACCGAGUCGAACGAAGGAGACGAAUCGGACGUGGAAACGGGACGGUCCGAUAACGUUUCGGAGACAGAGACCAUUAGAAUAGUGCGUCGGCGGCGCCUGAAGCGCAACCGCUGCUCGACGGGCGGGCGCUCGGGCGCCGCGCGCUCGCCCGGCGCGGCGCUACGGCGCAAGCGUCGCGCCGCGGAGUACGCGCGCGCCGCCGACGAGCUGCGCCCGCGCCGCGGCACGGACGCGCGCCGCGUGCGCCUCUCCAUCCUCAUGAAGCGCGGCGUCAAGGAGCUGCCGCUGCCCCACGCGCUCAAGAAGUACGUCAACCUGGGCCGUUGCUUCGAGUUCUAA